UGUGCUGUCAUUUUUCGAGUGUAUCUUAUCAAUUUGCUAUCUAAAUGCUUAUUAUUUUAUUAGGUUUGCUCUAAAUUAGAAGUAUCUUCAUCAUGAUUCAUUUGUCGUGUAUUAAACAAAUCCAAGGGUUCCUAUUAAUCAUUUUAACAUUUGUGAUUUCGGCUUCGUCUGAUGUGCCGAGACCGCGCGGUGUUUCUCUAACGAAAGCAUCAUUGUAUUCGCCGACUAAAGACUUUACUUGUUUUGAUGGAACAAGUACAAUUCCAUUUAGUUACGUGAACGACGAUUAUUGUGAUUGUUUCGACGGCAGUGACGAACCGGGCACCUCAGCUUGUCUGAACGGAGUUUUUCAUUGCACAAAUGCGGGUCACCAAUCUCUGAACAUUCCCAGUUCCCGUGUCAACGAUGGUGUUUGCGACUGCUGCGAUGGCACAGACGAGUACACCGUACCAGACGCGUGUCCUAAUAUCUGCGAGCAGCUAGGAAAGGAAGCCAGAAUCAAGGCGCAACAAUUGGCAGAGUUGCACAAAGCUGGUAGCGUCGUAAGGAUGGAGUUAAUUGAAAAGGGUAAUAAGAAACGAAGUGAGAUGGCGGAUCAGCUUACACAACUUGAAAAGGAUAAACAGGAAGCCCUUCAGAUCAAACAGGAAAAGGAGAGGCUAAAAUCAGAAGUGGAAGCUAAAGAAAAUGCAGCUCUUCAAGUGUAUAGAGAUGCAGAAGAGAAGGAGAGACAGAGGAAAGCGGAAAUAGAAAAGCAGCAACUUGAAAAAGAGGGUAGGGAUCUAUUUGCAAAAUAUGACUCAAACCAAGAUGGCAAGUUAAGUGUUGAUGAGAUCAAAGUUGUUAAUGUAUUUGAUAAAAAUAAGGAUGGAGAGGUUGACACGGAGGAACUGCAAUAUUUCUUAGGAGAGGGCGAGAGUGUUGAAGUGGAAGAGUUCCUAUCUAAGACAUGGCCUCUAGUGAAACCUCUAAUAAUGCUAGAACAGGGAAUGUUUAAGGCAUCUGAGCCAGAGGAAGCAAGUGAACAUGAGGAAGAAGAGGAGCAUUUCCAGCAUGAAGAAGUUGAUGACAUGGGUGCUGAAGAAGAGAAUGUUGAUGAGGAGCAACCAGAUGUUGAAGAAAUUGAGCUCGAAAAAGAUGAAGAUAAUUCAAAGACCUAUGAUGAAGAAACGCAAAGAAUCAUAGAUGAAGCGACUGAAGCACGCAAACAAUUCACUGAUGCGGAGCGGGCAGUUCGAGAAAUUGAAUCAAAUAUAAGAACUUACCAGGAAAGUCUCGAAAAGGAUUAUGGUCUGCAGCAGGAGUAUGCAACUCUUGAUGGACAAUGCUUAGAGUAUGAAGACAAGGAAUAUAUUUACAAACUUUGCUUAUUCCAGAAAGUGACCCAGAAAUCUAAAAAUGGUGGUAUGGAAGUUGGUCUUGGUAACUGGGGUGAAUGGGCUGGAGAGGAAGGCAAUAAAUACUCUGUAAUGAAAUAUACAAACGGUAUAGCCUGCUGGAACGGGCCAAACCGAAUGACUACAGUAGAAAUAAGCUGUGGAAUGGAAACAAAGUUGAUGUCGGUCACAGAACCUUUCCGUUGCGAAUACAGAAUAGAACUUAUGACACCUGCCGCUUGUGACGAGUCAUAUCAAGCGAGGCAGUCCUCACACGAUGAGCUUUGAGAGGGUUAGAGAGGGAAUGAAGAUCAAUGUGUGUAGUUAGUAGAUCAAGCAUUUUUGUCACAUUUAAGCUAAAGUGGUGAGGUAUGCAACUAGUGUUAAUUUUAAAUGCAAGAUUGUGACGUGUAAAUUUUUGAUUUUAUAUGUAAAAUUGUAGUGAAUAUUUAUUUUCAUGAAUUGUUUUCGAAACAAUCAGAGAUAAUUUUAAAAUAAAUUGUGUUUUGUCAUACUAUAUCAUUUUUCUUAAGUUUCACACUAUUCCAGUACAUGUACAAGCAAAGACUGAAUUGCAUAUUUCUUUACACAUUCCUCGUAUUAAGGCUGUACUUUCAUACAACAAUUUCAAGAAAUAAAGAAGUGAACAAAACAUUGUAUGUAAUUAAUAAAUAUUGUUUUUGA